AUGAAGGACAUUUUCUUCCUCCUCUUUAUAGCCCUAGGAGCAGCCGUGGCAUCCGCCACUCAAAUCAACUGCUUGAGUUGGCGUCUGGCUGUUGAGACUAACAACAUCCCUGACUGGAAAACUGUGCCCCUUCAGUGCAAAAGCUACGUAAGUGAGUACAUGACUGGCCAACAAUACCGCGACGACUGUAACGCUGUGGUUGACGCUGCAAUCGAGUAUGCAAAGACCCUUAACGUUUCCAAAGAUGGAAAGGACCUUUGGGUGUUUAAUAUUGAUGAAACCACCCUCUCUAACGUUCCUUAUUAUGCUCGCCCUACGGUUGGCUUUGGGGCAACAAAGCCUAACGUGCUGAAGUUUGAAUCAUGGAUUAAAGAAGGAAAAUCACCAGCAGUGCCUGGCGCUCUACGCUUGUACCAAACGUUAUUAGGUUUGGGUAUCGAACCGAUAUUUAUAACGGACACAAAAGAAGAAUUUAAACAAGUGAGAAUGGACAACCUAAAGAAAGUUGGCUACCAUUCAUGGUUCAAGUUCAUUUGCAAGGGAAAAAAUGAUAGUUCAAUAUACUCAGAGCAUUCAGGCAAUUGGAAAACUCAGAAAAGGGCGGAGUUGGUGAAAGCUGGAUAUAGACUCGUUGGCAACUUAGGGGGCUGGGGUGAUAUUAUUAUAGAUUUUUUGAUGCGCACUUACAAAAUGCCAAAUCCCAUGUACUAUUUUUAA